AUGUCAAUAUCGCCUUCAAUUCAAAAAUUUAAUUAUUUCUUGAUACUCGAUUUUGAAGCAACGUGUAUUGAGAAUGGAAAAAUACAACCUCAUCAGGAAAUUAUCGAAUUUCCUGUGCUUCAAGUCGAUGCAAAAUCGUUAAAAGAAGUAAAUCGUUUUCAUCAAUAUGUUCGACCAACUGAACGGCCAUUUUUGACUUCGUUUUGCACUAAUCUUACUGGUAUCGUUCAGGAAAUGGUUGACAACCAGCCGAAUCUGCACGAAAUACUCAGACAAUUUGAUGUUUGGCUAGAGCAGUCAGGAUUGAUUGUUAAGGAGGGAAACGAAAAACUUGCUAAUUCUUGGACGUUUGUAACAUGUGGAGAUUGGGAUCUUGGCACAAUGUUGCCCAGUGAAGCUAAAUAUCGAAACAUACAAUUGCCGAAAUAUUUUAAUCAGUGGAUAAAUUUGAAAAAAUCCUAUGCUUCAUUUAAAGGCUAUUUUCCACCUUCAUUGGCUUAUAUGCUCAAUGAAAUUGGCUUAGAACGAAUUGGUCGUAUGCAUAGUGGUAUUGAUGAUGUUUUGAAUAUAUUUGCCAUAUUGAGGAAUCUUAUUGAAAACGGCUUUGUUCUCGACAAUACAUCUUCAGUUUCGGAUGAUAUGAUUGCAGUGAUACGAUCAGUUUUUGGUAAAGAAGGAAAAAAAUUAUAA